CGGGCCCCAUCGCUGUCGCUCUCGCGAGAAAUAAUCCGCGGUUUUCCUUCACUCCAAUACAUACUGUAUCUUGCUGAAAGCAUGUGUUCAAUGUUAUAGCGAACAGAUGAGGUUUUGCUCCUGCUUUGGGGGGGCGGACCCUCCCGAGCCCGUCCUGGUAGUGAACCCCAAGCAACAGUCUUCAAUAACCAUAGCGUCCGCAAGCUCCUUGUCACCCGCUCCAAUCGUGCCAAAGGCACCAAUUAAUGAAGCACCUGAGGUUAAGGUCUCCCUCUUGCUACCGGUGCUGGCAACUCUUGCAAGUGGCGAUGCUGGCUUUUGGACCUCGUUGCGGGCGAGCUGCGAGGCGCUGGUCGACGUCCUCGACGCCGUGCAGGCCAGCAUCUACGUGGCCGGGGACUGCGACAGCGUCCACUACCUGGUGGCGUCCGUGGGCCCCGGCGCCGAGGACGACCAAUGCGCGCUGCACACGUUCACGCUGUUCAGCCAGCCCACCACUCUGGAGGCCCAGCUCCUGAAGACGGAGCUCACUCCCUCAGGCCCCAACGGGCCUAUGUGCCCCGAGUGGGACUACCUCGCGGCUCGGCAUGGCUGCCGCCGCUUCGCAGCCGUGUCCAUCACAGCCGCCGGCGUGCGCAUCGGCGCGCUCACCCUAGCUUCUCGCAGCCCCGCCGCCGCACCCUGGAGCACCGACGCGCUGCGAUCCGUGGCGGCGCUGCUGACUGUGCACACCAAGCGGGCGGCGGCGCUGUUGGCGGACGUGCUGCCGGCGCUGUGGGCUGCGGAGACGGUCAGCCAGCUGGUGUGCGGGCUGGGGCUGGUGGCGGCACAGGCGGCGGCGGGCGCGGCACAUGCGGAGGCGGGCGUGCGCGUUGCACUGCUGCAGCCGGGGGCGGAGGUGGCAGCCGUGUUUCCGCUGGACCGGGCGGCGGCGGCCUCGGCGACGGGUACGGGUGCCGGCGCCGGCGACGCCGCGCACAACAUCACCCCCUCGCUGCGCUCGGUGCGCAUGCGGCGAGCCAGCUGCGAGCUGGUCAUGACCUCGGACCUGCGGCCGCCUCCGCUGCAGCCCUACAGCAUCACCGAUAACGGCGCGUUGCUGCGACACAAGUCCUCGAUAGACGGCUCGCGCCCUCCCACCGUCGGCGGCUUCUCCACGCCUUCCAAUGCUGGCGGGACCAACAACGUAGGCGCAGGCGCGGGCACCAUGGCAGUGGCAACGACGGCAAACCCGAUUGCGGGCACGGUCGCAGUGACAACACCGUCAGGCCGCGUCAAGCGCGUUGUGUGCUUCGCCCAGCCCACGCUUGGAGCCGUUGGCGACGCGGCCGCGGCAGGCAUGUGUCGAGGGCAUGCGGUGCCGCUCACGGCGACGCUGCUGGCAGAAGCGCUCACGAAGGGCGCAGCCGGGUUGUGCGUGGGCGACUGCGCGGCAUACGUGCAGGACAUUCGGGCGUUCCCGCGCGACCUGGUACUCACACGCACCGGCGUCAUGCCAGCCUCACUAGCGCUCGCCACCUCUGGCGGCGGUCCGGCAGCCACCGCCGCCGCCGCCGUCGCCAUGAACGGUAGCGGCGUCGGCGGAAUGUACAGCACCGCCGGCAACAGCGUCAGCGGCGGCGCCAACAUGCUCGCCGGCGGGGCCACCGCCACCACCACCACCGCCGCCGCCACCGGGGGGGCCUACAUCUCUAACCUUGAUGGCACGGACGUGUCGGUGCGGCGCGGCAGCAGGCCGGCGCUGCCGGCGCCGCGGCCCAUACUGGCCCUGUACCUGGCGUUUGGCGGCGUCAUGCCGAGCAGCCUGCUGCAGGCCGUCGUGCAUGCGGGGCGCGAGGUGCUGCUGGCGCUGGGCCCGCUGGUUGCGGCAAAGGCCAGCGGCGCAAGCGGCACGGGUGCCAUGGCUGCGGAGUGGGAGGUGCUGCAGUCGGAGCUCAAGGGCGCGAUCCGGCGCAAGGUCAGUCAGGGCGUGGGCGUGGACAGCACCGCCAGCAACGCUGACAUCCGCGCUGUCAAGCCCUGUAGCGUGCUGGUGGAGGACGCCGACGUCUCCAGUCGUGGCAGCCGCACCCCGCCCGGCACAGGCAGCCAGCUGCGCGUGCUGGACGGCGUCGGCGCGAUGGUGGCCGCAGCCCCCGGCAGCAGCAUUGAGGGCACCACGAGCAGCCGGCCCAGCCGCCUGAGUGGCACGGAUUACCAGCGCCCGAACAUGUCCCCGGCGACACGCGCCGCUAGCGUGGAUAUCGCGUCGCCCUUCACCGCCGGCGGCGCUGUCGCAGCGGCGUCCGUUCCUGCCGUGGCCGGCGGAGCCGGCCACACCGGCCCUAGCAGCAUGGUCGGGGCACGUGUGGUGAAUCCGGCCUUCAUGCGCUUAUCGCAAGCUCACGAUGUCGGGAUCGGUGGCGGCGGGAACGGCGGCGGCGGCGCCCUCAGCAGCGGCGGGCCACGCUCCAGCGGCGCCAGCGGCGGCACCGGCCGCACCGGCUCCUUCAUUAAGCGCAUCAUCGGCCUGGGCGGCGGCAGCACCGGCGCCGGCAGCGGCGCCGCCGGCUCGGCGGGGGCGCCACCGCUGCAGCCGUCGCCGCAGCAGGGCGGCCGCAUGUCCCUGCAGGGCCUGCCCUACGACGCGCGUACGGCAGGCGGCGUCGGCGUCGGCGGCGCUACGUCAGUGCCAGGCACGCACACGCGCACCGGCAGGCAGCCCAGCGCGGGCAUGCUGGUGGAUGUGUCGACGGGCGGCAGCGACGCGGGCUACCUGGCGGGCGUGGUUGCCAUGGGCAGUACUGCCGGGUACGGCAGCGGCGGCGCGCCGCAGCAGACCGGCGCCAGCCGCCGCGGCGGCGGCCACCAGGCGCCGCUGCGGAGCGUGUCAUUCAGGCUGGAGGUAGCGCGCAGCCCACGAGGCGUGUCCAAGUUGGCUCCAAUCAUCAGCCUCAUGCACGAGCGAAUGAAGGCGGCACAGGCGGUGCAGAUGACGGGGCAGAGCGGCGGCGGCGGCGGGUACGGCAGCGGCGGCGGCGGUGGCGCUGGAGGCGGCGAGCACGCCGCCUCAAGCCGCCAGGCGGCUGACUUGGAGAGCGUGCGUAUGCUGCAGGAGGUCGGCAAGGGCGGCUACGGCACGGUGUACAGGGGCACCUACCAUGGUGCGGAGGUGGCGAUCAAGGUCAUCCAGGAAGCCAAGUGGGCGGCCAACGCGGCCGCCGCGGCCAAGAAGGAGAGCAAAGCCGUGAAGGCAGGCGGCGCUGCAGGAGGUGGUGGUGGUGGUGGUGGUGGUGGUGGUGGUGGUGGUGGCGGCACGGGGUCCGCAGCUGCGCACGGCGCCGCCUCGCUGGGCUCAGCGGAGGACAGCAACACCGGCAGCGGCAACUCGGGCGCUGCGGCCGAGCUGAACAAACACAACAUCCAUGAUGCCAUCGAGCUGGUGGCGAGUGUGUCCAUCUCACACCCAAACAUAGUCCAGGUGCUGACGUUCUUUACGGACUGCGUCCUGGUGCGCGUGGGUGAGAACGGCGUCAACCCAGAACUGCUGGAGACGCUGUUCAACACCGGCGGCAACUCGGCAGCCGCCGCCGCAGCCGCGCUAACCGCCGCAGCCACCGACAUUACCAACGUGCCGCCACACGAGCUGCGGCUGGUGCCGGCCCCGCCGCUGAUAGACUCGCCGGCGGCCGGGACGGACGGACCAGGCCCAUCCUCCAUGGCAUUGGUGAUGGAGUUCUGCGACGCUGGCAGCCUGUGCGACGCCAUUGUGCGCCGCGUCUUCCUGCGCCAGCUAAAGCCCACAGCUCCCGCAGACCCGACCGCGCGGCCCGCCAAGCCUCAAAUGGCGAUCUGCAUGCGCUCCGUCUUCGCGACACUACUGGAGGUGGCGCUGGCACUGCGGCACAUGCACUCGCUGCACCUGGUGCACUGCGACCUCAAGCCCCAAAACGUCUUGCUGAAGAGCAACCCCCGGGACCUCCGUGGCUUCACCGCCAAGCUGUCUGACUUCGGGCUGAGCAAGAUGAUGGCGCGCGACGACGCGACGGGGCAGCUGGUGAUCGACGAUGCGGUGGGCAGCGGCACUAUCACACACGUGGCCCCGGAGGUGCUCCUGGGCAAGCGCCCGGUCGGUGCGGCUGUGGACAUCUACGCAUUCGGCGUCCUCAUGUAUCAGAUCCUGUGCGGCAUGCACCUGUACCAGGGCCUCAGCCCGCAGCAGGUUGCGAACAGCGUGGCUUACGACGGGCUGCGGCCCAUCCUGCCCCCCUGGGUGCCCGCCAGCUACCGCGCACUGGCACAGCGCUGCUGGCACGCCGCCGCCGACGCGCGUCCCUCCGCAGACGAGCUCGUGCGUCAGCUUGAGAAGCUGAGCACGGGCGGGCUGGGCGGCGGCAGCAGCGCCGCGCGCGCCGCGUCGUCAACGGCGCAGCAGCCGCAGCCGCUCCAGCCGCCGGCGCGGCGCCCGCAGUCGAGCUAUCAGAACUUCGCGGCCUGAGAGCGGCGGGAAGCUCGGGAGCACUCCGGGCAUCGGGCACUGCGGCAACGGCAGUGGGAACGCGACGCGCGUGCCGCAAUCCAAUGCAUCAACUGCUGACGGCGGCACCAGGCGCAGCCAAGACGGCUUCGGAAGCGCUGCCUGCUGCUCGGUGGCUCGGUAGGCAUACAGUACAAGGGUGCUCCUCUUACUUAUCUUCUUUUUGCGCGAUUUGCCUGGGCCGACUGCAGAUGCACUGUGGGUGCAGGGGGCAUAAGAGCGGCUGAAGCUUGCCUAAGAAUAAAGUGCUUGGGCGCACAUCGCAUUUCAAUGAAGAGACUUGCCUGAGGUGGAACUGUCUGUCAAGCCAUAACUUAUGGAGAUGUUGUGCGGGUGGAACUGAACGCCUCAAACUGUAUGGUUGGUGUGGACGUGCGUGGCUGGCUCUCGUUCCCGCACGCGCCUUGACACGCACUGACUUUUUGGCUGCGAUGACAACUUGAGUGAUGCUCUUGCGUGAGCUGCUUAUUAUGUGCCGAAAGGCUACUUGAGAUGUUUUCCUAUGCUUAUAUUCCCGGCGCUCAGGCAGCACAGCCCGCCGCAACCGGCACAGGGCUGGAACUAACGGCAGAGGUCCUCAGGAGUGGACGCUGCCUAAACCCAUAUCCUACAAGUAACAGCGCGUUUUAGUAUCGCAUGCACUGUAUUUAGUUGCGAUUGUGUUCAUCUGAGGCGUGGGUCCUGGUCGUGCUGCUAUACUUAAGAGGCUGCUGUUGGACGCUUGCUUUGCUAAAGAAGUAACGGCCUCUGGCGGCCUAGGGGAUCGUCAGUUACUGUUGCACCCUAAUAACAGUGAUUAUGUAUGUGUGUGAAGGGUCAGUGCUUCGCCUUGACCCCGACACAAUCAGACUGCACCAUGCUUCAUGCGGCGCGAUGCAUCCGCGGCCGGGACCGGGCAAGGCGAGCUUGCCGAAUAAGACGGUGAAGGCAACACAACGUUGUAUCGGCACUGAAGCUUCGAGCGCACUUGUUGCAACAGCUUGACCAUGCGUAUGUCAUCGGAGGACACUGUGGUGGCAGCGUGGAACGAACUUGCAUCGCUUACAUGGGUCGGACGAAUCUGGAACGUCACUUGCAGUCACGGGGACGAAGCCAGAGUGCUAAUUCAGAUGUACGCAAUCUGAAGGCCAUGAAGAGUAACGUGCAGCGCUCUGCUCUGCUGUGCCGUGAAAUGUAAAGCGGGGCGGUUGGCGCCCCGUCGUUAAACCCUGUCUGUCGUUCUCGUCACAUUGUGGCCUCAAGCUUCUAUCUGUCUUGUGUUGCGCAGACAUUUGCUUACUCUUUCGUUCCUCAAAUACUGCAACUUCAUUAGCGGUACACUUGUCUGGGCUUCUCGUCCGUGGACGCCCAAGUUUGUUAAAAGAAUGUAUGAAGAAAUGUCUAACCGUAUUUGAGCAUGGGGGCAUCUCCAACUGAGCAACCCAUUUAUGUGGCCGGCGGCGCCUGAAUGUAGGAGGAGCUGACAACGUUUGGUUCGGUCGUGUGGCAAUGUGGUUUUGGUGUACGCCGGGCUUUGGGGGGUGAAUGGGGAUGAACGUUGGGCUUUCAGCUUUCAAGACUACGCAUGUAUCUGCAGUAUAAUCCAACAUGGCGCAACGCUAUCAGGUUUCAGGUUGAGCAGGGGUGAGAUCGCCAGGCGUGAGGCCUGGUGAGGCAACUUGUCAGAAGCCCGCAUUGCACUUGUUCCGGCGUGCUGACCUUGGUGCUGACGCCGGGGAGGUAAAUGGUCGCAGGCGGUUCUGUGACUAUCUCCAUUGGCGAGGAGUGACUGCGGUAGCUAAGCCACUUACCUGUUUGGCUGUUUCGCGAGCGCAUCGUUCCUGUUUCCGUGUGUCGUGGCACUCGGGCGGCGCGGCCGUAGCCUGGGCCCAGGGGAGGGGGCAUGGGCUUCCCUGAUGGACUCCGGCAUGUAACCUCGGCGGCUG